UUUGAUUUCAACCCUUUUUCCCUUUAAAACCCUCUGGAAUCUCUCUCUUGUGUCCCCGUACCCUCUCCCAUCCCAAACUUAAUCUCUCUCUCUCAUCCUGCUCUUUGCCAACCCAUUUUCAUUUUGCCAUUUUUUUCCUUCCUGUUUCUUGUAAUCCAAGUAACAGUCAGCUAGACACAGCCAGCAGCGAAGUUUUGGGAAUAUCUGGUUUCAUGUUAAGGAAGGGAAGAGUGGUUGGUUGAGCCAUGAGUUGCAACGGGUGUCGAGUCUUACGAAAAGGGUGCAGCGAGUCUUGUAUUUUACGUCCUUGUCUGCAAUGGAUCGAGAGUCCUGAAGCACAAGGCCACGCUACUGUUUUUGUUGCCAAGUUUUUUGGGCGUGCGGGGCUUAUGGCUUUCAUUUCCGCUGUUCCAGAAUCUCAACGUCCUGCUUUAUUCCAGUCACUGUUGUUCGAAGCUUGUGGGAGAACAGUGAAUCCUGUGAACGGAGCUGUUGGACUUUUAUGGACUGGAAACUGGCAUGUUUGCCAAGCGGCAGUUGAAACUGUGCUACGAGGAGGAACUCUACGGGCGAUGCCUGAACUUAUGGCUCCGACACCAGCAUCCGACGAAGCAUCCGAAGCAACUUGUACGGACAUGUGGAAGUUGCAAGAAACAUCAACAAAUCUGAACUCGAACCGUCGGUUUUCCAAUUCAAGAUCUAAGGUUUCACCUAAGCGUAAAAGGAUUGAAGAAUUCAAUAAAUUACAGCCGUCCGAUCUAGAUCUUUGCUUGACUCCAAGCUUUACAGGCAAGCAAGUACCGGAUAACAGACGACCAGGGACUCCGUCUAUGAACUCGGAGGAAUCUGUCAUGACGACGUGCUCUGAAAGUGGGUUUGCAGAUCACCAAGGACAAGGCGAAGGAGCAGAUAAGAAGUUACUGAAGUUGUUCAUUUGAAGAGAAAAAGUCUUUUUUUUAGGUGAAUCUAACGUUGAAAUGAUCUAGUUUCGCUGUAAUAUUCUUCCUUUCUACCACUACAUUUCUUUUUUGGGGUUUAGAUUAUUUUUGGUGUACUUCUGGGGAUGGGUUUUCCCGGAAAUGAUUUUUCAGGCGAGUUUUUGUAAAUUUCCGGCACAGGAUUUCUCUCUUUUUUAUGUUUUAGUGUGUUAAAACUGUUAAAAGAGAGAAAAAUGAAAGUCUGUCGGAGAUCUUAAAAGCAUCUCUUUUUUUUCUUU